GAUAGCUUGCGAGAAUUAUGAAAAUUGGAGAUGGCGACAACCCGUCGCUCGCUUCUUCAGAGUGAAAUAGGAGGUUCUCCGUCUCAUAAUGAUCCUGGAAGAGAACUUUUCGAAGCUUGCAGAAAUGGAGAUUUGAACAAAGUAAAGAAGCUAGUCAAUUGUCACAAUGUGAACUCAAAAGAUACAGCAGGGCGGAAGUCGUCUCCUCUCCAUUUCGCUGCAGGGUUUGGUAGAAAGGAUGUAGUAGAGCAUCUUCUUGAAUGUGGUGCUAGUGUCCAUGCUAAAGAUGAUGGUGGAUUGAUUCCCCUUCAUAACGCCUGCUCCUUUGGACAUGCUGAGGUUGUUCAGCUAUUGCUAAGAAGUGGCGGAGAUGCUAAUGCAAGAGACAAUUGGAAUUACACACCUCUUCAUGAAGCUGCUAUCAAAGGGAAAAUUGAUGUUUGUAUAGUUUUGUUACAACAUUGUGCUGAUGCCAACAUCAGAAAUACAGAUGGAAAAACAGCACUGGACCUGGCUGAUCCUUCUGCAAAAGCUGUAUUAACAGGAGAGUACAAAAAAGAUGAGCUACUGGAAGCUGCUAGGAGUGGAAAUGAAGAAAAAUUGAUGUCCUUACUGACCCCAUUGAAUGUUAAUUGUCAUGCUAGUGAUGGAAGGAAGUCAACCCCAUUACACCUUGCAGCUGGGUACAACAGAACGAGAAUUGUACAGUUAUUGAUCCAACAUGGAGCUGAUGUACAUGCUAAAGACAAAGGUGGACUGGUGCCUUUACACAAUGCAUGUUCCUAUGGUCAUUUUGAAGUUACAGAAAUGCUGCUUAAAGCUGGUGCAAGUGUUAAUGCUAUGGACUUGUGGCAGUUUACACCACUACAUGAAGCUGCAUCUAAAUCGCGUGUAGAAGUUUGUUCGUUACUGCUGGCUCAUGGAGCUGAUCCUACCUUAGUUAAUUGUCAUUCUAAAAGUGCUAUAGAUGUUUCUCCUACCAGAGAACUUCAAGAAAGAUUACAAUAUGAAUUCAAAGGACAUUCAUUACUGGAAGGUUGUAGACAAGCUGAUCUUGCUCGAGUGAAGAAAUAUUUAGAAGUUGUGAACUUCAAGCAUCCUUAUACAGGAGAAACUGCAUUGCAUUGUACUGCAGCUUCACCUUUUCCUAAGAGGAAACAAGUUAUGGAGGCAUUGAUAAGGAAAGGUGCCAACUUAAACGAUAAAAACAAAGAGUUAUUAUCUCCCCUGCACGUAGCGGCAGAUAAAGCUCAUUACGAUGUGAUGGAUGUAUUACUAAAACAUGGUGCUAAAGUAAAUGCAAUAGAUGGACUUGGUCAGACAGCAUUGCAUCGUGUAGCUCAGCAGGGUAACAUGCAAGCAUGUCGACUCCUGAUGUCGUACGGUGUUGAUGCUUCCAUUGUCUCUUUACAUGGUUACACUGCUGCACAAUUAGCUACAGAAAACAUACAGAAAAUGUUGAAAGAAGACCCCCCUGUAGGAGGUACAGAUGUAGAUAUACAGUUACUGGAAGCAGCAAAGGCUGGGGAUAUGGAGGUAGUUAAAAAAUUAAUAUCAGCUAACCCACACUCUGUGAACUGUCGCGACCUGGAUGGAAGACAUUCAACACCUUUACAUUUUGCUGCUGGAUAUAACAGAGUUACUGUCGUUGAAUAUUUACUACAGCAUGGUGCAGAUGUGCAUGCUAAAGAUAAAGGAGGACUGGUUCCUUUACACAAUGCGUGUAGUUAUGGACAUUAUGAAGUUACAGAACUAUUGAUAAAGCAUGGAGCAUGUGUUAAUGUGGCAGAUCUAUGGAAGUUUACUCCUUUACAUGAAGCUGCUGCAAAAGGAAAAUUUGAAAUAUGUAAAUUAUUGCUGAAGCAUGGUGCAGAUGCAACCAAAAAGAAUAGGGAUGGAAACACACCAUUAGACCUUGUCAAAGAAGGUGAUCAUGAUGUUGCUGAUUUACUUAGAGGUGAUGCUGCAUUGCUGGAAGCUGCCAAAAAAGGAAACUUGUCUCGAGUACAGAAAUUGUCAACACAAGAAAAUAUCAAUUGUAGAGAUAACCAAGGAAGAAAUUCUACUCCACUGCAUUUAGCAGCUGGAUAUAACAAUGUUGAAGUAGCAGAAUUUUUAUUAGAGAACGGAGCAGAUGUAAAUGCACAAGACAAAGGAGGAUUAAUACCACUACACAAUGCUUCAUCAUAUGGGCAUGUAGAUAUAGCAGCCCUAUUGAUCAAGUUUAAUACCUGUGUGAAUGCUGUAGAUAGAUGGGGAUUUACACCUCUCCACGAGGCAGCACAAAAAGGAAGAACUCAGCUCUGUGCUUUAUUGCUGGCUCAUGGUGCAGAUUCAUCCAUGAAGAACCAGGAAGGUCAGACACCACUUGACUUAGCAACAGCUGAUGAUGUCAGAGCUUUAAUACAAGAUGCCAUGCCACCUGUCUCCCAACCACCAACAUUACAAAAAUCCCAGUUAAUGACAUCAGUUGCUGAUAAUACCAGUUCAUCGUCUGGUAACAGUACAAUGUUUACCAGUACAGAUUUAGGAGCUGCUGCAGGGGCAUCUGUAGCCUCUGGUGGUAUGCCAUCUAGUCCUCAAGGAGGGGAUGGGGCCCAAAUGGAACGCACAAUGGCUGAAGGAGAAAGAACUGUGGACAAUAUUAGUGUUUCGUCAUUCUUAACUAGUAUUGGACUGGAACAGUUAAGAGAUAUUUUUGAAAAAGAACAAAUUACUAUGGAUAUUUUAGUUGAAAUGGGACAUGAUGAAUUAAAAGACAUUGGUAUAAAUGCUUAUGGACAUCGACAUAAGAUUCUAAAAGGAUUAGAAAAAAUGGUGUCAGGAAAAGGAAGUUCCAUUCUAACACCAGUACCACACCAAGGUACAGUUCUUGUAGAUCUGACUACAGAUGAUCCUGAAUAUAUUUCUGUUGAUGAACAGAUGGAGAGUACAUUGAGAGAACAUAAAGACAAUGUGGGUGGUACUUACAACAAAUACAAUAUGUUAAAAAUACAGAAGAUCAGUAAUAAAAGAUUAUGGGCUAGAUACUGCCAUAGACGGAAGGAAGUAGCUGAGGAGAAUCAUGGACAUGAAAAUGAGAGGCUCUUGUUUCAUGGUUCUCCAUUCCUUAAUGCGAUAGUUCAGAAAGGAUUCGACGAAAGACAUGCUUACAUUGGGGGAAUGUUUGGAGCAGGAAUUUAUUUUGCUGAAAAUUCGUCCAAAAGUAAUCAGUAUGUGUAUGGUAUUGGUGGGGGGACAGGGUGUCCUGCUCAUAAAGACAGAUCAUGUUAUAUAUGUCAGAGACAAUUAUUACUGUGUCGAGUGACGUUGGGAAAAUCCUUCUUACAGUUUAGUGCAAUAAAGAUGGCCCAUUCACCACCAGGCCAUCAUUCCAUUAUAGGGCGACCCAGUAGUGGAGGUCUGAUGUUUCCAGAGUAUGUUGUAUACCGAGGAGAGCAGGCCUAUCCAGAGUAUUUGAUAACAUUUAAAAUAGUAAAGCCAGACAACACAGAAGAUAGUGCCAAGAAGUCAUAGCAGGAGACAUUUACUGUUGACAAAACCUUGUAGAUCUGCUUUAAUUUGUUAGACAUAACAGUAUUUUAAUUGACAAACCAUUUGUUUUAUCAUUCAUGUUAUGGUUGUUAUCCAAAUCAAAUUUUUAGUAAGUCAUUGUUGUGUACCCACACUUAAAAUAAGGAGGGUCUAAUACUAUUGGUUCAUGAGUUUUGUUGCCUAGGCUGUGGAUCAUUUAUUCAUUGGGCCAUGUUAUUCAUAACUGUCUUAUUAAAGGGGGGGUUCUUCAUACUGGAUCAUCUUUGUUUUGCAAUCUUUAAUUUUUCCCAAGCCAUUGAGCAGCUAUAAAUAAGAUAUGUGUGAAAUUUAAUGGAAAAAUAUGAAAGCCAUGUCUAAUAUUAAUUUUAAUAUAACUUGUGAAAGAUCAGAUUGGUAUUCUGGAAGUUUCUUGUUCAAAAGCUAUUCAUUUUCAUGGAGUUAAUAGGGAUAAACAAACUAUCAAAAGAAACUCUACAAAAAAGCAGUAUUUGUCCUUUUUGUAAGAUUUUUUUUAAACUCAAUGUAAUGAAACAAAAUUUUUUAAGACCAUAAAAGUAAGGGUCCAAAAAAUUGAAUAAAUCUGUACUAAUAUGGUUUUUAUAAAAGUAGAGUUCGUAGUUAACUUUGAAUAAAUCAAAGAUUGUGUUAUGUGACAUUUUAUUUAGAAAUCCAUUAAAUGCAUGACAAAAAAAAAAUAGGAAACAUACCAAAGUUCUGAUCAUGUAGGGAAAUUAACUGUCAUGGUUCCUGAGAGCUGUUCCAAAAUUGGUUGUUGUGGGAGGGAUGGGGGACACUGAAAUCAAUAAUUUGUAGGUGGUUGCAUUUUCUUAUAAUUUUGCAAGAAUUUGAAGUAAAAUGAAAAUUUUAUUUUAUGAAUGUUUGGGUGUCGAAAAAAAAGUGUCCCCAUGCAUUUAAUUCUGCAACAGCCCUGACACAUAAGCCUUAAUGCAUGAUUACAAAUCCAUAUUUCAACAUUUAAGGGGGUGUUUUCAUUGUUGCUAAAAAUGGUGAAAAAAAUAACAAAAAUAUAAUUCAUCUUCAAUAUUUUUUAGCAAUUUCAUACCAUCAUAUUUAUUUUGUAUAUCAAACAUGUGAAAAAAUGUAUGAAUUUUAAGUUCAACACCAGUUUCUCAUGGGUUAUUCAGAAAUGCCAAAUAACAUUGCUGAAAUAUUGGUUUUGGGAUACAUUGUAUUAUUAACUUCCCUCUAAGUCUUGGUGUUUUAACAAAAAUAUAUGUGUUGUAUCCAUUGUUUAUAAUUAUCUUGCCUUUAUUUCUGUCUCUUAUUUUCUAUUUCCUAUUUGCUCUGAAUGUUAUUCCCAAUAUUUUUUGUGUUUAAUCUGUGUAUUUCAUGUUUGAAUAAAAGAGUGAAACUGAAAUGAGAGAAAGUAUUUUAACAUUUUCAAAAAUUUCAUAUCAACUUGCAAUACUAUUAUACAUAUCCAUUAACCAUCUGUAAUAUUUCAUGAUGAUAAAGUGUGCACAAUGUGUUACAUUGUCUUUGAGUCAAAACCUUGGUACAAAAUUAAAAUAAGGACAAAUUUAAGAAAACUUUAAGAAUAACAGUAAGAUAAUGCAUAGAUUUUUCACUAGUUUUCUUGGUUGAUCUAAUUGAACAUUUAGUUAGAAAAACAAUUAUAUAUAUUACAAAAAAUACAGAUUGGAAAUGGAAACAAUUGUUCUUGUUACUGUUUUAAGUAAUGGUUUUUAUUUUCAAUCAAUAUUAAAUUUUCUUGCCUUUUUUACUGAGAGUGAAUAAAGAGAUUUGCUGUUUGAUAUUUCAAACAGAACAACAAAAACAAAACUUAUUACUGCAAAAGGUUGUAUUUUAAACAGAUAAUUUUACAACAAAAACUUCAGUGGCAAUUUCAUGGGUUAGUUGUGUUAACAAAAUGUUUGAAUACACAAAAGUUAUAAGAGAACUACACGGCUGUUUUUAACUCAUUUUCUGUUGAAUCAAGUUUUACAUGUGUUUUAGCUCAGUUAUUUUUUUUUUUUUUUAUUUGUCAUUUAUUUAAUUUAUAAGUUUUCAACGUAAAUUAAAGAUUUUAAUUAAAGAUGAAGAGAAAUUACAACACUUUUGAAAGAUGAUCAGUUUGACAGCUGGUUUUUUUUAUACGACCGCAAAAAAAUUUUUGUGGUCGUAUAUUGGUAUGACGUUGGCGUCGUCGUCGUCGUCGUCUGGCGUCGUCCGGCGUCGUCCGAAGACACAUUGGUUUUCGCACUCUAACUUUAGUUUAAGUGAAUGGAUCUCUAUGAAAUUUUACCACAAGGUUCAAUACCACAAAAGGAAGGUUGGGAUUGAUUUUGGGGGUUAUGGUACUAACAGUAAAGGAAUUAGGGGCCAAAAAGGGGCCAAAAAUAAGCAUUUUUGUAACUUCCAGACAUAACUUGUGUGUUAGUGUAUGGAUCUCUCUGACAUUGUACCACAAGGUUCCAUAUCACAAAAGGAAUGCUGGGAUUGAUUUUGGGGGUAAUUGCCUCAACAUUUUAGGAAUUAGGGGCCAAAAAAGGGGCAAAAAACAAGCAUUUUUCUAGUUUCAUGACAAUAACUUGUGUGUAAGUAUAUGGAUCUUUCUGAAAUUGUACUACAAGGUUCCAUAUCACAAAAGGAAAGCUGGAAUUGAGUUUGGGGGUAAUUGCCGAAACGUUUAGGAAUUGGGGGCCAAAAAGGGGCCAAAAAUAAGCAUUUUUCUAGUUUCAGGACAAUAACUUGUGUGUAAGUGUAUGGAUCUUUCUGAAAUUGUACUGCAAGGUUCCAUAUCACAAAGGGAAAGCUGGGUUUGAGUUUGGGGGUAAUUGCCCUAAAUGUUUAGGAAUUUGGGGCCAAAAAGGGCCCAAAAAACACAUUUUUCUAAAUUCCAGACAAUAACUUGUGUUCAAGUGUAUGGAUCUCUCUGAAAUUGUACUGCAAGGUACCAUACCACAAAGGGAAGGCUGGGAUUGAGUUUGGGGGUGAUGAAUCAUAAGGGGGUUCAAAAAAUUUGGGGGGGGGAUUUUUUUUUUUUCCUUUUUUUUCUUUUUUUCCUUUUUUUUUUCUUUUAAAAUUUUCCUUUAAAGUUGGUUAUUUCUGAUUUAUAUUUAAAAGCAAAUAAUAAUAAUAUGGUAGGAGAUACACACCAAACAGGAUGUGUAAAUUAUUAUAUAGUAAGUAUUGUGCAAUAGCAAGAAAUUUUCAAUUGCACAGUAUUGCACAAUAGCAAGAAAUCUUCAAUUGCACAGUAUUGCGCAAUAGCAAGAAAUUUUCAAUUGCACAGUAUUGCGCAAUAGCAAGAAAUAUUCAAUAGCACAAUAUUGCGCAAUAGCAAGAAAUUGUCAAUUGUACAGUAUUGCGCAAUAGCAAGAAAUAUUUAAUUGCACAGUAUUGUGCAAAAGAACUUCGUAUAAUUGCUUAUUUCUUGACCAAUUUCAAUGGGGUUUUAUUCUUGAAUUCUUGGGGUUCUAUAAUAUGCUGAAUCUAACCGUGUAUUUAGUUUUUGGAUUUUGGGCCCCGUUUUUAAAUUGGUCCACAUUGAGGUCCAAAGGGUCCAAAAUUAAACUUUGUUUGAUUUCAUCAAAAAUUGAAUUAUUGGGGUUCUUUGAUAUGCCGAAUCUAACCGUGUAUUUAGAUUCUUAAUUUUUGGUUCCAUUUUCAAAUUGGUCUACAUUAAGGUCCAAAGGGUCCAAAAUUAAACUUAGUUUGAUUUUAACAAAAAUUGAAUUCUUAGGGUUCUUUGAUAUGCUGAAUCUAAAAAUGUAUUUAGAUUUUUGAUUAUGGGCCCAGUUUUCAAGCUGGUCCAAAUCGGGGUCCAAAAUUAAACUUUGUUUGAUUUCAACAAAAAUUGAAUAUAUGGGGUUGUUUGAUAUGCUGAAUCUAACCAUGUAUUUAGAUUUUUGAUUUUUGGGCCCCGUUAUCAACUUUGUCCACAUUGAGGUCAAAAGGGUCCAAAAUUAAACUU